UACACGUCUUGUUACUUGCAAUAAAACAUGAUUGUAUUCAAAUUUCAUUAUUUAGAUGCAUAGGAAAUAUACUAAAAAUAAGAUGAGCUCCUGUAGAACAUGUCUAUCGGUACUAAGUGACCAAGCAAUGGACUUCAGUCAAUUACCCAAAGAUCUAAAUGAGUUGAAAUCAUAUUCUGAUAUAAUUUUCUUUUGCUUGAGUAUAGAGAUUCCGUCAAAUUGUGAUAAUUAUGCAAAAGUAUGUGAGAUAUGUUAUGGGAAGAUCAUAGAUUUCUACAAGUUUAAGUCGCUUGCACUAGACAGUGACAAAUAUUGGAGAUCGCUUGAUGAAGAUAAGAAUAAAAUAUUAGUCAGUACCGACAUAAAGUUUGAGAACAUAUCAGAUUUUGAUAAUGAUGAAUUGGAGAUAUCUCAUUUAAAACAGGAGUUUUUAGUUAAGAAUGAGAGUGAUUCUGACAAUGAGCUCCUUAGUGUAAUAAAGAAAAUUAAAUAUGAAUAUAAUGAGGAUGCCAAAGAGAAAGAAAAUGAAGCAAAAAAAGUAAAAGCUAAAAGAAAAAAUGGUAAACACAAAGAUAAAACUUAUGAAUGUGUCAAAAAGUCUGUGAUCUGUGAAAUAUGCGGCAAGGUUGUAAGGAAUAUGAGAGAUCACAUGAUCUCGCAUACAUCUUUUGAGGAGCGGAAGAAAAUCCCAUGCAAGGUGUGUGAGAAAACAUUUAACACUAUCGGUGGCAGGAACGCACACUACAGGCACAGGCAUUUAGGAAUUAAGCAACACUGUGAUAUUUGUAAUAAAGAUGUAGUGAGUCUAAAGAGCCAUCUGCAGCUCACACACAAGACAGUGCCAAAGCCGUACAAGUGUGUGCUGUGUGAGAGCAGCUUCGUGUGCCGGUCCCAGCUCGACGUGCACUUGAUGAAGCACGCGAAACACAAACCCUUUAGGUGUGACCAGCCUGACUGUGAUAAAGCAUUCUACACCAAAAAGAACCUGCAAUUUCAUAUAAGAGGAGUUCAUGAGAAAGAAAAAUCACAUCUAUGUCAGUUUUGCUCAAAGGGAUUCUUCAAGAAAAGCCACUUGCUUGUCCAUCUUCGAACACAUUCCCCUGAGAAGAACUUCAAGUGCGACGAGUGCGGCAACUUCUACAAGACGCAACAGACUCUGCGGUACCACAAGGAGACGCACGUCGCCACACGCGCCUACCCCUGCCAGCUGUGUGAUAACACCUUCGCACAUCCCAAAUACCUGAAAGUCCACAUGGUGAGUCACACGCGCGAGCGGCGGUACCCGUGCAAGUACUGCGGCGUGCGGUUUAUGCGCUCCGACCACAGACUGCGGCACCAGAAGACCGCGCACGAAAAACACAUGGAUGUGUAGCCUAAGCAUUCAAGUGUUACGGUCAAUUGAGACCACACCGCGACGCGUA